AAGCACAAAGCUGUCGAGCUGGAAAAUCUGCACGCAACACACCCGCCCGUCGAAAAAAUUUGAAGUCGGACGGUAUAUCCACACAGUCUGGAGGAGUUCGUCUGUACUACAGUCACCAACAACGGCUGAAAAAUGAGCAAAAUCGCGAAAUUUUUGAAGGGGAGCUCCGGCUCGAGCUCGUCGAGCUCUUCGAAGUCCAGACACCACCGGUCGCGCGGAGGGCCUUCCCCCCAGGAGGCCAUUCACAAACUCCGGGAAACAGAGGAAAUGCUGACGAAGAAACAAGACUACCUGGAGAAGAGGAUAGAGCAAGAAAUUAUGAUAGCCAAGAAGAAUGGCACAAAAAACAAACGGGCUGCCCUGCAGGCCUUGAAGAGGAAGAAGCGCUUGGAGCAGCAGCUCACCCAGAUCGACGGCACGCUCUCCACCAUCGAGUUUCAGAGGGAAGCUCUGGAGAACUCACACACCAACACGGAGGUCCUGAAGAACAUGGGCUAUGCUGCCAAGGCCAUGAAGCAGGUCCACCAGAACAUGGACAUUGACAAGAUCGAUGAUCUGAUGCAAGACAUCACAGAGCAACAGGAUGUGGCCCAAGAGAUCAGUGAUGCCAUCUCCAGACCUUUCGGCGAGACAUUUGAUGAGGAUGAGCUGCUGGCAGAGCUGGCAGAGCUGGAACAGGAGGAGCUCGAGGACAACAUGAGGAGUAUGGGCGGACUACCAAGCGUGCCCAGCUCCAAACUGCCUUCAGCACGGCCAAGUCAGCGCGCAACAAUCAAGAAAAGGGCUGAAGAAGAUGACGACAUGCGUAUGCUGGCAUCAUGGGCGACUUAAUCACACAAAGGCAGCCUCUCACCAAGAGAAACAAACAUAAAAAUUCUAGAAGGAGCUUUUUUUGUCUUUGUUUAGCUUUUUGUAUUAAUUUUGAAGGCUUUUAGGGAAAAUGAAGAGCAUCAUGUUAUUUUUAAAAUAAGCUUUUUGCUUACCGGCUUUUAAUGCCACUUUGCAGGUUGUAUUUAUCAAACACGUUUUUAAGUGAAGGAACUGACAAACUGAAUUUUAGAUUUAUGUUUCUCUUCCUUUAUUUUCUGUCUUUACAAUAAUCAUUCUUACUUGUACAGAUUACACUAUUUUCAUAGGACUAAUGAAGACACGGAUUGACUCUGAUAAUUUAACACAGAGCAAAUAUGCUAAACUGUAUUUCAUACAGCUGUAAAUAAAGUCUGAUUUUGCAUUAAUUUUGUAAAUAUAUUGCUUUAUCAACAUUCAACAAUAAAAACAGCUAUUGUCUAACA